AUGGCGUCAAAGAGAGCUGAGCUGGCGCAGAGCGCUGCGCAGUGCAGGGCAUGGGUUGUCUCCCAGACGUCAUUUGAUCGUGAUAUCACGAUCAAAUGGCGUCUGGGAGAGAUCGAUCGUUCAACAUUCACCAGCCCACCUCGUGUUUACUCGAUCAACUUGCCAUCUGCUCAGCUUCGGUGGGUUUCCCAAAAUCUUUCCUCCAUCGCAUCGUACGAGUCUGUCCCGUCUGAUUCCAAUUGUGUUAUCUCGAUCAAACGCCUCAUCUUCCAGCUCACACAAUCGAAUCCUUCUCAACUCCUUGCUCAAAUCGUGUCACCUCGUCUGGACUCCAUUGUUUUGAGUCUUCUGAAGCAAAUCUUUCCAUACCAUUUUGACAUGACUGGAUCAGUAUUCCCGCCCUCAGACGGUUUUGUUUUGCCGGGCAAGAGACGCUCUGCUCGUUUGGCGAAUGCGAGUCCGGCGAGAGAUCAAAACAAGAGCACGAGUCCAACCGCGCGAAAGGCUGAAGCAUACCGCAACACACCUCGUGAUGAUAUGCAACUCAACACCAACGUGGCUGAGAGUUCUGUUCCGGUCAAAGCCACCUCGAAUGCGCCAACCACUAAAGAUGUGCCGAUGCAAGAUGUCGACUCUGCGCCCGCGCCAUCUGGUGUUUUGCCCAGUAAUGGCCGCUCUGACAUCAGCGAAGUCCCCAUGCAAGACGUGUCCGAUCUGCCUGGUAUCCGUGAGGGGCCUGCCCCGCCCCCGGCCUCGGACGACAUGGGCUCAACUGGUGGGGGCAGCGGGAGGGCUGCCUCAUCUUUCCCUGCAUCUGGCGAGAUCAGCCUUGACACCUCUACCCUGACUCCGAAAAGCGGCCCAGGCCUCAUGGAGCAGUUGGGUGUGGGUGCUCUGACUGCGGCGGGAAUCAAAUUCGGCAGAGACAUGGUGGGCGAUCUGUCUGCUGACGCCAACGUCUUGCUUGAUUUCUUGCAGAACGAGGUCGAAGUUCCACCUCAGUCAGCUCUGGAUUCGCUCCCUCCUGGUGAAGAUAUGGAUGCCGAGGAUGUGACCAAGGCGCUUGAGAGAUUGGAUCAUUACGCGUCUCUCGAUCCCGAUCAACGAGCUCAUUGGUUCGCCUCAGCUUCUCAAUCCGCUUCAUUGUCGCAAUCUCUUUCCGGAUCAAACCCUGGAUCCGGUCCCAUCCACUUGACGCCGCUUGCGAAUCACGUCCCUUUGGCCCGGCACGUGCUUGGAGACGGCUUGCCUGGGACUCCAGCUGAUAUAUCAUCAUUGGUUUCCGAUAAUUCUGUCUCCCACAAUUCUGGCGAGGGCAGUUCUGUUUCACGUGCUCAGUCCGUCCCUCAUGCAAGGGGACCAGUCAAUUUGUUCAUUCCCAAAGCGCAAUUGACCGUUAUCCGCUUCCACAAACCUCCAAAUUGUCCUUCCAGCCAGCCAAGCCCAGAUGCUUCACUCUCCCAGGUCCAAUCCAAGAACUUGGGGUUGCCGGACCUGACACCCGAGUUGUCUGUGGAUUCGAUGAAGGCGCUCAGAGCUAUAUGGGUCAAGAAUAGGGACGGGAUGGUUGAGUGUAACGCAUCGCUGGUGGCUAGCCAUCUCGACGACAAAGUGCCAGAAAUGUUCCUUAAGAACGAGGCUAGUGUCCGCGUGAUUGAUUGUUUCAUCAAGCGCUUGGACGAGCAGGUGGCGGGUGCCCUUGAAGCAGGGCAGAACAAAGUCACUAUAAUUGAGAUAUCGGACGGGAGCGGAGACAAGGACGAGGUUGAACGAGUUCGUCCUCUUUACCACAGACUCCGGGCUAAGAGCGUGGCCCCUGGCGCUACUAAACGACGGAGAGUUGCUUCCGGCCAAGACACGGAUGGCGCAGGGCGCCCUGCGCCAAAACGUCGGACUAUUCUGCCUGCCGCUCUUGAGGGCGUGCCUCCGAGAUUUGCAGGAGAGAACAACGCAACUCUGGCCCAGAUUGAAGCAGAGAAACGCAGGCAGGAACAGCUCAAGAACCAGCGAAUCGUCAGUGAACACAACGCCACCCCUCCGGUGCCUUACGACGACUCGGCUCCGGCUUACGAGGACCCGCUCGCCCGUGCAAAACGAAUUGCUGCUAGGAAUCACCGACGCCUCCCUGCAGCGCGAUCAAGUGCGGCUGAAAACCAAUCCGAUUCAGCACCUCAAUCUUCCCACUCUGCCCCUCAGGGCCCAGAAGACGACGCCGCCAGGCCGGGCUUUGAUUUGGAGGGCCAAGAUCCUGCCGGGUCCGUUGAAAACUCACAAGAACCCGCUACAGUGCCUCCGAAAUUGCCCGCGGCCACUGGAAAGGGCAAGAAGAAAGCGGCGCCGCGUGUUACUAUGGCUGGAAUGACAAAGGAGCAGAAGGCGGAACACAGGCGGAAGAAGGAGGUGGAGAACGCUGCUAAAGAAUACAAGGAACCCCCACACGCCGGAGUCCUCCUUGCCCAGAUUUGGAGCUACGACGAGAUCCAUAGGAGUAUGGAAGCUCACCAAGUAAUGAUGGACAAAUCCAAGAACACGCGUUGGGACAUCGGCCCGGAAAUCAUGGGGAAAGCGACUCAAGGCCUGAGCUUGGUAAACACCCCAGAUUUCAGGUAUUGUAUCAUAAAAGCCUCCAGGCUAUUCCAGUUCGACGCCAACAAUCCGUUCUGGCACAAAUCUGUGGUGAAUUUCGAGUUGAUCGAAAAAGGGUUCGUUUCCGAGGAGCAAGGCAAAGCUGCGGCCUGGAAGACUCUGGGGGCAAUGGUUGUCCGCGAAGGGACUAGCUUCGGAUACACGGCCGACAAAUCAACUCAGGCCGCUCUGGAAAACGCGACUCGCAAGAUUCACAUGCUUGGCGAAUCGUGUCUACAGCAAUACCAGAAGUUCAUUUGUCUGGAGGAAUCCGAAACCAACACCCCGAACGCGGUGCAAGACUCUUUCCACAAGGCGGGGCUUUUCAUUAUCGGCAAACUCCGCUGCAUGGAAUCCAGCACCCAGUCGACUGCCGGCCACUCUAACUCGAAAAAAGGAAACGGCUUCAUGAUACUGCAGAAGCGAAUUUGGGAGCUGCUUCUCUGCAUCCUCUUGAUGCAGCAGUCCCGCUUCAAGUUCAUCCUUGAACAGUACACCAGAACUCACACUCGGAAAGACGUGGUAUUGGAACUCUCUUCGAAAAUGACUGAGUACGAUCGCGGACGAUCGCUCUUCAACCACGGUGACCUCGACCCGGCCACGGCUACCGAGAACGAGAUGAAAGAGUGA